CGUUGAAAUCUGGCGAAAUCACAACAAUUGAACCUGUGUACAUACAACCUGGUGUUCAGCAAUCCUUUUCCUGAAGGUUAUACUGACACUUUUACCGAAACAUUAAAGGGCACACGUGUUGAGGAUCAUGACGUCUUUUCGUUGCCACCUCUUCGAAAUCCUUACGGUGUUUACUGUUUUUGGAGCUUUCAGACAAGCAGAUGCAGGCGACUUCAUGCUUGUUGCGGCUUAUCACAACAACUCCAUUUUUGCGGGAAGCAUGAGUAAGCAUCUGACUGAUCUGUACAGCCUGCCUCUUCAAGGGAUCCAGGGACCUAUUGCGCUUGACUUUGAUGCUUCAGAGAACAUGUUGUACUGGACCGAGUAUGAUGCGAACACUGGAAGAGGUAAACUUGUCAAGGCACAUCUCAACGGGAGCAACCAUAUGACGCUGCUUACCGAUAUCCGAGUUGCUUUCGGUCUGGCGUUGGAUAUUGAGGGAGGGAGGGUCUACUGGACUGAUAACACCCUCGGUCAAAUAGGACGGAUCCCUAUGGACGGCUCGGGCUCAAAGCAAAUCAUUAUCAGUGGUCUUGGUAGGCCAAGGGGCAUCAUAACUGAUCAUGACAGAGGGGAAAUUUACUGGACGGACGUGGGAGACGAUUCCAUCGGGCCGAGGAUUGAAAAAGCAAACUUGGAUGGGACGAACAGAGUUACCCUGAUUAACGACAAUAUAGUUUGGCCCCAGGCUGUGAUCCUUGAUAAUGCAGCCGUUAAUUUGUACUGGUGCGAUGGAGAGUUGAACACAAUCGAACGGACAAAUCUUCUGGGAAACAACCGGGAGGUUCUCAUCAAUCUCACAAUCUACGCGCCGAUCCACCCCUUUGAUCUUGCAUUAUACAACGACUAUAUGUACUGGAGCGAUGUGUUCAAAGAAUCGCUCAUUCGCGUCCAUUUGAAUGGAAGAGGAGAACAGAUUUUCGGCUCACAGAGAUUUGCAGAGAUAAGGCGAAUUCACAUCCAAACAGAACCCAACUACUGUGACAGCUCCCCUUGUCUCAAUGGGGGAACCUGCGAGGAUGUUGUGAACGGGUUUGUGUGUCACUGUGUCUCAGGCUUCUCUGGCGUUAGGUGCUCUAAGAAUCACUGCAGCUGUUCACCGUGUCUCAAUGGAGGAACCUGCAUCUUUUCGCCUGAAGGAUUCGUCUGUCAAUGUCCCGCAGCAUAUCAAGGACUGACCUGUGAACGUGAUCCUUGCAAUAGUUCCCCUUGUCUGAAUGGCGGAAUUUGUGCCAUUUCACCGGGUGGAUUCAUCUGUCAUUGUCAGGCACCGUACGAAGGACCAACAUGCACGCUCGAUCCCUGCGAUAGUUCCCCUUGUCUGAAUGGCGGAAUUUGUGCCACUUCACCGGGUGGAUUUAUCUGUCAUUGUCAGGCACCGUACGAAGGACCAACAUGCACGCUCGAUCCGUGCAACAGCUCACCGUGUGUAAACGGGGGGACUUGCAUCGGUUCUGCCACUGGAUUCACUUGCCGAUGUCCGGCUCGUUAUGGCGGCCCAACCUGUACAUUUGUUGAUGGCUGUGUGGCCCCACCAAUGUCCGAUCACGUUCGGCUGUUGGAACGAGAUGUCACCGUGUUCACCUAUGGGGAAAGUGCUACCUUUACCUGUGAUAACGAUUACACCAUCAAAGAAUCUGCCGAUCACUCCGUGAAGCGCUUAUGCCUGUCAGAUGGUACUUGGUCCGGAGAACCAGUGGAAUGCUUCCCCUCUGAGACUGAUCCAGCCGACAGAUCCCCAUCGGUGGUACCCAUAGCUUCAGGAGUCGGGGGAGCUUGUUUCGUUGUCUUUUUGUUGAUCAUUGUGGUUGUCGUCUUCAAACGUUGGAAGAGGCAGCGAGAGGAAAGAGUUGUUGACGUCCCAGCCGUGUCUUAUCACCACAACCCUCCUCCUUCAUACAUACCGCCUACUCGUCAUGAGCCUCCCGGGUAUUUUCCAAUGGGAGCUAUCAACCAGGGGUUUGGAACCAACAACGCUGAGGCCAACGUUGUCCCGGUGAAACUAAUCCCCCCGCGGGAACCCAGAAUCUAUGAAACUAUAGUGGAUUGAAGAGCUUGGUGAAAAGUUUGGUAUUGAAACUAUGUAUGCGCAUAUCGAUACGUGGGAAUUUUGCUUCUGGACAAACGCGGUGUACCAUAUCACACAUUAUAUAUUAGAAUGAAGAUUUUUUCAGGACUACUUUGUUAGGUACUCAAAUUGUUUCUGGUUACGGACCAAAUUUGUUCUUUAUAACCGAUUGUUAGGUCGUUGUGUUUUUUCGCGCUUCGGUGGGUCACUUUUUGGCACCCUAAUGUUAAAGAGAAAAUUGAUGCGGGCAUGCGUGAUCAGAAUCCUCAAAUUCUAACACAAGGGUUUUCUGCGUUAAGUUCACUUUAAAGGACUCUAUUCUAUUUCCUGGAUUUUUAUUAGCAAGUUUAGCGAGAAGGAUAGCUCGGUGUCUUUGCAUUCAUUUCGAUUGGGCGAGUUUUUUUUCUCUUUUUUGCUUUUUAAAUGAAUUUGGAAGAUGGAAUAUAUAUUUUGUUUCUUUUAUUUCAGAAAAAAAGUGAACUUCAAAUGUUUUGGUCCCCACUUGUGUACGUUCAGUCUUGAGGGGCGUCUAAGCUAGUAUUUCAGAGUUAUCUCAUAGAUGAUUCUACACAACAUUGAUGACAAUAGACAUAUAACACAAUGACGUAACGCCUUGUUUACAUGUGCGCUUUCCUGUGGCAGUGAGGCAGGACGCGAUCCAUCCAGUCCCCAUAUAAACAAAGCGUGACUACAGUAUGUUUUAGUCUAUUCUCGUUGCAUGUUUGCACCGACCUAAUCAGACAAUCCCGACCCUUCCAAGAAUUCACUGGCACUCAGUCCUAUAGCGGUGCUUUAGCCGAAUCCAUCACAAGUUCCUGGAAUUCCGUCAGAAGUCCUUUUGUAAUCCAUGCAGUCCUACCACAAGUCCAAAGCUCUGAACGAACUUUCCGACAAAAGCAUCCUGUCGUCAUCGUUAACCCCGUUUAACAUGUCGGGUUUUAGUGAAAGGAAUUAUGACAAGACCUACGAAUGGCAGUUGAUGGCGGAAUUUAUUUUUUUUGCACAGCGAAAUUACACCAGUGACAUGAAACGUGAGCUAUGAUCGAAGUGUAAAAGAUUCUUUCGUUUUGUAUUAUACACACAAAUGCCUGUACAACAAAGACUUUGUCCAAGCGACGUGGCCGUGGCAGGCAGUAACGCACACGUCUUUUGUUCCUGCGGAUAAUGGUUCCCGUUGCCAUCCCCGCCCCCAAUCCGCCUUUUUGCUCUUUGAAGGCCUGUACGUGAUCAAAAGUUGGAUAUAAGACUUCUGAAAAAUAAUUAUGCUUGAGUUUGAAAACAAUUGUCAAUGACGAUAGACUUUGGAGCAAUGACUAGGCAUGGGCUUAAAUCCGGGGGGGGGGUGUGGAUGGGGGAUUUAUAACUUAUUGGCCUGGGUGGGAUGGGCUAUUGAACCCCCCCCACACACAGACUUUUUUGUGGU